ACUAGACAAUACAUGUACAUAAAAGUAGAGAGUGAAGGAAGUGAAGUCUGGAAACUUUUUGUUAAUAAUUUUAUCCGGUAAGUUAUAUACGCUUUCCGCAAUAUUUAUGGAUUAUAACAGUGCGAAUCGUUCGAAAAAAAUAACAGCUUCCGCUCAGACUCAAAUUUAAUUGCAAUAAAAGCAGAAAUAACAACAAAAAUCGGCAAAACAAGUUCUGGACAAUCCUUCAGUGUGUUAUAUAGAAGUAUUUGCUGUCACAAAGGUAUGUGUAGUGCGGUGUCUAAAGUGUGUUAUUUAAUAUAAACUGCAUCGUGUCGCAAUAGUCAAACUUUUAAAGUGAGUCAAAUGAAUGUUGUGCAAGUUAACAAAAAUUAAUUGCAAGCUUUGUGGAUUUUUAUUAACAAAUUAACAUACAUGACUCGGGAGCCUGAUUAUUAUGGUGGACAAAUUCCAUUGGUUGCCGAGCCUAUACAUUCGGAAUGACGAGAUUGAUGGUACAUGGUUCUACUAGAUGAAGACUACACAAUAUGCACGAUACGCAACACUAUCGAGAAUUCAGAAAUUAAAAAGCUUUCGCUGACUGUACGUCCAUCAUAUACCGUAGCCAAAUUGUAUAGUGAUGUAAGAACACAAUUGGACAUUAGCGAAUUUUCAUUAGUUUUAGAGAACCUACCCACAACAAACCAUAUCCCUUUAAGUUUAAAAGAAAACAAAACUCUCGGUGAAGUUGGAAUCGUCUUCAAAAAGGCUCAUCGGAAUAUCAUACUCGUGCUACCGCCAAGUGCAUCAAAACAAAAAGUGGAAAAGAGCUGUUCACAGAAAAAUAUUGUUGCUGACGAUCAAACGGAUACGGUGAAGAAAGCCGAUGAAUUAAUCGUAAACAAAGAAGCGAUAAGCCCUGCGACCGAUCUAAGUGUUUGUGAGCAAUCUGUCGAUUUGAAGGCGGAAGCACCAGCAAAGAAAAAGAUAAUAAAAGUGAAAACAGUCAAGACUGGAACAAAAACGGUUAAAAUCAAGUCAGAGAAAACUACGACAGUUACAUUGGAAAACGGUGUUACAGAAGUGAAAAAGAAAACAGUCAAAAAGCAAACCGAUACAACUACUAUUGAACUGCCGAACGGUGUUACAAACGGAGUGACGUCUGAGGAGUGCACUGUCACCAAGUCUAUACACACAACAAACGGCGAUCAUUUCGAGGAGAAAAACAUUGAAAUUAGCAGCUCUCAAACAGAAGCCGUUGAACCAGGUUUUAUCGAAGAACAGUUAUCAUUAUCAGACAGACGGAGUUCGUCCACAGACAUUGAUGGAGAAGAAACAAAGGUCGAAAGCAAAAGCAAUCAUUUAGAAGUGUCGGUAAACGGAUUUGACAAACAUCCUCUGCGUAAAGAUCGAAGUGCUAGUCCGAUUCAAUUCAAUUUUGUUGUGGGAAAGAAAAGCUCGAAACAGAAAUCGAACUCUGAAUCAGAUAACUCACCGAAGCCCACUGUCGACAUUUCUACAGUCUCACAACCGGAACCGGUAGUUAUCUGCAAUGAGACGAACGGAAAUUUAAGUAAUUCAGAAGAAUCAAGUCCCUGUGACGCACCAAAUUCAAACUUGGUUGAGGUCCCAGUAAAUCAGAAGGAAGAAGAAAAGGUACCUAAGAGCGCAAGUCAAACGAAAUUGAAUGAAAGAUCUGAAACUAGCCCGGCCCGUUUUGAGAUCCAAUUAAACGGCUCAACUACUAAUGAACUGAAUCAAAACCAAAAAGAAGCACCGUUUCAGCGUUCCGAAGUUAGUCCUGCUCGGUUUACCAUAAAAUUAGCGAAGAAAAAACUUGAAGUCGUCGAACCCAAAGAAGAGAUUCAUGUAAAUAAGGAAACAAGUGCUGAACCGGAAGUUUGCUCCACAGCCAAAAUUACUGACGACACAAGUGCUAAACUCGAACCAGAAGUUUGUGCCCAACUGAACGAGGAUAUUUCUAUCGACGUCGUCGACCAGAAACUUAGUGUUGGACCUGAAUCGGAAAUUAUUUUGAAUGAAGAAACCUCUCCUGCAGAAAAAAGUAUCGAAGCUGAAGUAAAUCACAUCAAAGAACCUGACAUUAAAGUUGAGUCUCAGCCCUUGGCCAGCGACGAAAUUUCAAAGGUUGAACCAGUUCCACCAGUUCCUGAACCGAAACCUCCAGUUGAUGUAAAGGAAGAAAACAUAUCAAAAUCUGAAGCUGUUACCAAAGUAGACGCAAACAACACCGAAGUUACUCCUAAAAUAAAAACUGUUCGCAAGUCUGAAAGUAACGGUGACGUUGGCCUGAAAACUGUGAAAAGUAAGAUUGGUAGCAAAUUAGCAGGUGAAACUGAAAGCAAUACGAAGCCAGUCGUUGGGUUAAAAGACGUUGUUUUGAAGAGAGCAAAGAAAGUUGUAGACAAUAAAGUCGCCGAUGAAGUUAACGGUCUACCAACCGAAGCGGCUACGACGGAAGUGAAGAAAAAAUUGGUUAAGAAGGUGAAAGAUUCGACAAGUCCAACCGGUGAAGUAAAGAAAAAAGUUGUGAAAAAAGUCGUUGGUUCAACAACAGAAAAUGGAACUGGAGAAGUGAAAAAAGUGCUGAAAAAGAAGUCAGAAGUAGCAUCCGAUGCUGCUCCAGACACUAAAGUCAAAGUCACAAAGAAGAAAGUAGAAAAAGUUACAACGGAUGCGGAAACGAAUGUUGCUGAAGAGAUACCAAAAACGAAUGUUGCUGAAGAUAUACCAAAAUCGAAUAUCGUUGAAGAGCCGAAAGUAGAAUCGUCCGUUAGUGAAGUUACUCCGACUGAAUUAGAAGAAAUCGUAGAAAAUAAGACAAUAGAAGAGAAAAUAGAACCCAAAAUGGACGAGUACCAUAACAAUCAGUUGAACGGCAUUGGUCCUGUAGACAUGACGGAAAAGAAGGACUUUGAUCCGUUGUUCGACGACGAUAUCAAGGAUAGGUCAAUGCUGGGAUUAGACGAUGAUUUCGCACUGGGUGCCAAUGCUCAGAAAUUCUACGACGAGACUCCGCUUUUCAUAUCAACGACACCGCAGGAACAGCACGACUUAUCGCUGGGUCUGCCGUUAUCGGACAAAAACAGAAGAGAUAGACAAAUGUUAGGAAUGGACGACGAUUUGGCGCUGGGUGCAUCUGCUAGUCCAGUUGAAUCGAAGUCAGAAACGGCAAAUAACUAUAUACCAUUGGCAAUAUGUGACACUCCAUCCAGCAGCACAGACUAUGUUGGCAAACUAUAUUCAGGACCGAAACCAUCUUAUGGAUAUGUCGGUUUGGUGAAUCAGGCUAUGACCUGCUAUUUAAACAGUUUACUUCAAGCACUAUUCAUGACACCAGAAUUCCGAAACGCUUUAUAUAAUUGGGAAUUUGAUGGGCACGAGGAAUCGAAAUCGAUUCCAUGUCAACUGCAAAAAUUGUUCUUAAAUCUACAGACUUCCUCCAAAGUGGCCAUUGAGACUACAGAUUUAACAAAGAGCUUCGGUUGGACCAGUAGCGAUGCAUGGCAUCAGCACGACGUUCAAGAGCUGUGCCGUGUUAUGUUCGACGCACUCGAACAAAAGUUCAAAAACACAAAACAGGCCGAUCUGAUCAAUCGCUUGUAUGAAGGCAAAAUGAUCGAUUAUGUCAAAUGUUUGGAAUGCAGUACGGAGAAAACGCGAGAAGAUACAUUUUUGGAUAUUCCGUUGCCCGUGCGGCCGUUCGGAAGUAAUAUGGCCUAUGGCAGUGUGGAAGAGGCGUUACGUGCAUUCGUGCAGCCAGAAACGCUAGACGGAAACAAUCAAUACUUUUGCGACAAAUGUGAUAAGAAGUGUGACGCACACAAAGGUCUCAAGUUCUCCCGUUUCCCAUACAUUUUGACGUUGCAUCUGAAACGAUUCGAUUUCGAUUACAAUACAUUGCAUCGAAUCAAAUUGAACGACAAGGUUACGUUCCCGCAGCUGCUCAAUCUAAACAGUUUCGUGAAAGAAUCGGACAGUAUUGGUUUUGUGCAGCACGCAAAUGGUUGUUCAUCGGAACACGGUAGCAUUGAAAGUGCAAUCAAAUGCGACGAUUGCAGUACUACAGACUCUGGGUCGGCUUUGGAAGAAGACGGAACAACAUUCGCUGCUACCGGGAAUAAUAACAACGAUGGUGACUUGCAGGAUGAUGAUGAGGGUAUUGACAUGAGUGCAUGUACAUCAAAUACAACAUCUCAUGCGUCGACGAAUGAGUCUGGCCCGUACAUUUAUGAACUGUUUGCCAUAAUGAUUCAUUCGGGUAGUGCAUCUGGUGGCCAUUAUUACGCGUACAUCAAGGACUUUAUUAGCGGCGAAUGGUACUGCUUCAACGAUCAGACAGUUUCUUCGGCCACUCAAGAAGACAUUCAACGUUCAUUCGGCGGUGGAUCCGCGAAGACAUAUUAUUCGAGCGCAUACAAUUCUAGCACCAAUGCUUACAUGUUAAUGUACCGCCAGCAGGAUUCGUUGAGAAAUGAUGCUGCCAUCAAAGUGGAAGAAUUUCCGCCUCAUAUCAAGAAAUUAUUGCACGAUUUGAAAACACGAGAAGAAACCGAACGCCAAAACAAAGCCCGUGAAACCGAGAUGCUGAAACUGAAAGUUUAUUACUUCAAUCCAAAAACGCAACGAAUGCAGGACGCACGUAUCUACAUGCCAUCCGAUUCCGAUUUGGCGUUUACUUUAGAAGAUGCAUACAGCCAUUACAAUUUGGAAAAACUCAUACCCAUCGACCGGUGUCGUUUAGUUGGUUAUUCCCAUUCAGAUGAAAACAUUAUCCGUAGCUACGAGGGUAAAGAAAAGGAAAUGUUGUCCAAAAUCUUGUACGACUUGAAUCCACUGGAAUUACUGCUGGAAGUUCGUUCCAAGGAUGCCGAAUUCGAAGUGUAUCCGCCCGGUGGUGUUCGGACGCGAUUACAUAAAGUUGAUUUGGCGACGGGAGACGUUGACUUGCCGAUUGUAUUUAGAGCGAUAACGUCGUGGUCGGUGACCGAGUAUAAGGCUAAGAUUGCUGAGAAAUUGGGCCUUAAUGCUAACCAAAUGCUUGUAGCCGUUUUGAAGUCGUAUAGCAGCAGUGCCCGAAUUGUUGAUGAAGAUAUUCCCCACAGGAUUGGCAAACAAGAUAGAGUAUUUGCUGCAAUAUCGACUUCAUCACACGAAGAUGAGAAAAAAUUGACAAAAAUAGUCGAACGUUUCGAACACAUAAUCACUCUGUUUUUCCUACUGCCUGCCACCGACAAAGAAACUCUCGAAAAAAUGUCAAUUCCAUCAUAUGUCGAAAAGCCGACCCAGUCGCCCACGUCAAUGAGAACAGCAUCUGUAUCUCCAAAACCGCCACCACCCAACGAAUCCAGUGACGUUGUCGACGCAGUAAUGCAUGCUGCUCCGUUACCCCCACAAAAUCACACCACAACUUCCGAUUACUAUCGAAACUAUCACGUGCCAUUGCCACUCGAACUGGAAAGUUGCAGCGAAGACAGUAGCCUGAGCGAUGGCGAUCGAACGCUGGUCGAUUCAGCGCCCGAUUUGGUGUCUUCCACAAAUAAUUCGCCAACCUGUUCGGAUACUCAGAUGUCCAGCAUGGAAUAUCAUUCGAAACGUUACAAUGACUUCGAUUGCGACGAUGACAACGAUGCGGUUGAGGUGUCCAAGACGCAGAACUACUACUUUAAGGCCGUUUAUUUCGAGGAGCCAUACAAAGACGAUGAAAGCUUUAAAACCAAUCGCUUGCUGAAGGUUCUGGUGGACAAGGGCAUGAUCAUUGGCAAUUUGAAGCGGGCAUUGGAGCCAUAUAUCAAGGUGCCGAAGGAAUAUUUCAAAAUUUUCAAAACAACGUCCAAUACUGAAACGGAAUGCCAUCGUUUGACUGAAUCAUUGAACAUAUUUAGUGAUAACGAACGAUUGGUCAUUGAAUUAGGUAGAGCACUUCGAACGGGUGAAUACAAAUGCAAAAUUUCGUAUCUAAAAUUGUCGCAAAUCAAGGACGACAUGGAACAGUUAACGUUCAUGUGUGAUUGGAUCCUCCGAAAUGGUGCUAAUGUUGGCCAGACGAAGCGCGAAAUCAUUGCGCACCUGGCGACAUUAGGACACGAUAUACAAUACGACAACUGUCGAUUGAGACAUCAAAAUCGUCGGUUACCAAUGGAAAUCUAUUUGGACGAUCAAAAGUUUGGCGAUGAUAUUCGAUUAAGUGAGAACUUAGAGGUGGUUCUGCAAGAAUUGGAAGAAACGUCACAACCAUAUACCGAUGCUAAUGACAAAUGCCUCUUCGUCAGGCACUGGAGCCCAUCGACAAUGACAAUAGGGGGCUUUAGAGAAAUCACAAUAUCAGAAAACAGUGAACUGAAGAAUGUUCUAUCCUCUAUAUCUGGCAUUGCUGAGGAAAACAUUGAGUAUGCAAUGACAAGUGGUCUGUUCCCGCGAUACAAUUUGAAUGUACUGACGAUGCAUACAACGUCGCUAACUUGGAACUCGUCGACAGUGAAAGCUGAUGAAUGGCCACUGAAUAGCGCACAUAACAGUGACUGUUUCAUAUUUAGAGAUAAAACUGAACCCCUGAAACAACUAACACCGGAAGAAAGUCGUGAAUUGAAAAACAAAGAACGUUUACGCACCGGCGCCAGUGGCACAUACUCAACAUAUUCGCCACGAAGAGAGCGUGGCCUCAAGAUUGAUGUAUAGGAAUCACUGUUACCCGUCAAGGUACCGCGCUUAUGGUGCAUUUCUAAUAAUUGAAAAUAAUUUUAUUUAAAAAAAAGAAGAAAAAUUACGAGAGACUGUGCUAAUCAAAUUUUUUUAGAUAGUGAAACAUAUAGUUGACGUUUCAUUGAUCAAAAAGGAAAUUACGAUCAAAAGAACUUUUAUUGAUAAGAAGGUAGUUUCUGUAGAUAAAAUCAAAUAACAAUUGAAACAUGAAAUAUGCCUGUCAUAGUCUGAAAAUAUGAAGAAUAAGAAGUCCGAACAUUGUUCAUUGUCAUGAACUGCAUGGUAUGGAAGAUAAUGAAACAUACUGAAUGUGAAAUGGAGAUAAGAGUGUCUGUGAGUAUAUGAGAAAGAUCAUAGAUUCGUAUGAAAUCACUUAGAAUAUCCUACUAAAUUAUGAUAAAAAAACAAAAAAAAAAAAAAGAAUAUUUUUUACAAAAAUAAUUUUACAAAAAAUGUAAAAGUUGUUAAUGUGUGUAAAGGAUUUCAAUUCUGGCUAAAAUGUGCUUUAAAAAACAAAAUGGAAAAUAAUCGGUGUACUGGGCAGAUCCCCGGUUGUGUCAAAUUUAAUGGCGGUAACAUAAAUUUCGAGCAAUUUUCAUCAAUCAAAUCACGCAGUUUUCGACAAAAUCCACAGGUAAUUUAGCGCAGAUUUAUGUUGAGAAAAAUGUGUCGAUCAGCGUAAGUUCGAAUAAGUUGUCUUGCGCUGAAUUUCGUUAAUUUAACUGAUAACAAAUCCAAGUAAUUUUGCCGACGUUCCUAUACUCAACAUUACUUGAAAAUGUUUUUUUUUUUAAAUUGUGCAAAGCGCGCAGAGAGGCAUCCGUUGGGUUUAUUAUGUUCACUAUGGUAAAUAGAUUUAUUUGUUUGUUGCUAUAAUAUAUAUAACUGUAUAGCUCAGGAUGAUCCUUGGGUGUAAGCCUCUUCUUACGUCGUACAUAGAUAUUUCCUUCUAUUAUUAAUGAAUGCUGGAUACUCACAAAGGAAUACGAUCUCAUCUUUAGGCGACAUAGUGCCAUUGAACCAAUCUUCUUUAUUAGGUAUUUGUAUUUCAAAGUUCCUAUCGAAUUUAAAGACUUUUGUUGUGCUAUAACUUGGCCGUACCACGGAUGGUAGCAGAGGUUUUUAUAAAAAUCUCUGUGUGAUUACACAUUCUGUGUUGGUUGCAAUGUGUUCACGAACGUUGGUACAGGUGGUAAGUUAAACAAUGCCUCUAGUACAUCUGUGGGAGUUGAUUUCCAUGCAACCGUGGUACCUAGACAUGCAAAUCUUACAAAUUUCUUUAGUUUCAUCUUAAAAUACGUCCAACCCAAACAAACAGCAAGAUCAAAAAAAAAUCCAAGAAUUCAUUUGUUCAUUUGUUGGGUCACAUAUUUGAUUCCGAAUAAAAGACCCGUACAGAAGGAUAGGUUUUAUAAUCGUGGUGUUAUAUCGAGUACAUAACUUUGAGAGAUAUACCCGAUUUCAAUGCGUUCGUGGCUACUCCAAGGAAGCAUAUUUCAUUAUUCUUAAUCCACAAAUAAAUCCUUCUCUUAAUUUCGUGUCAAUGCUCAACUUCUUAAGAACUUAUCCCAUGCUAAGCCUUCUACUAGAUAGUAUCUUUGCAAAGUUAGAUAGGUCCAGAAGCAUCGACUUUGGCUUUCGAUGUGUUAACCACAUUAUAACUUAUUCGAAACAUGGCGUGUGUGUAAUAAUGAGCCGAUUUUUGCAUAAUCGCUAACUAAAAAGUGUCUGCAAUAAAACUACAGCGAUCUGUCAACAACCAUAAGAUUUAUUAAGAUACAAGUUUUAUAAAGAAAUUUCUCUUGUCACAAAAAAAAGAGCCACAAAUGAUAACAUACUACCGUAAUGACUCUGAAAAUUCAACGAUAAUGUUGGUGACCAUCCUUACUUUCGAAGGAUUGAAACUUCAAUCGUUUCUUUCUACACUCGCGGCAUUCUGAAAACCGACACAUUUUCUGUUUCUGUGUUUACUUGAGUUUCUGAUUUCUCCACGAAACAGAAAAUGUGUCGGUUUGCAAAAUUCCGCGAGUGUAACGUUGAUGUUUACCCAGACUUAUUCUUCGUUGUAUAACUUAUGUGUAAAAGGCAUUGAAAAAGACGUCACAACCCGAUAAACGGUUAGGACUUUAUAUUGAAAACUCACAACUCUUUAGGAUUUGUUAUCACGUGUCGAGGAAUUAACUAAUGCUAAUUCUAAAUUGACGGCAAAAUUAACACAACCGGAGCGACGGCACAGUUGUAUAAAUGUGAAAUUAAAAUGAUUUUUUUUUCUUAAAUAAGUGCAUUUAAAUUUUGCUUUGAGAAAACGCUUUCCUCUUUUGUUUCUAAUUUAUUGAAAUGAAUCAAACCGAUAAUAAUCAAUACAAAAAUGUUUACUGUUAGUGUUAUCAUCAACCAGAGUUUUUUUUUGUCUAAUUUUAGGAAGAAAAUUAUUAUUUUUAUUGUCGCCCGUUAUUUUGUUUAGACUUAAUUUGAUGUACAAAAACGUGCAUCGAUCGUUCAUCAUCAUCAUCAUCCAUACAUGUUGAAUUCAUUCUAUAAUUUUUGUGCAUUGUAUUACCUAUCACCUUUGUACAUUUUUUAUUAUUUACUUUAUAAUUUAUUGACGUAUUUGACCUCUGUGUAUAAAAAUGAGAUCAGUAAAAUUGAUUGAUUUUUUUUUGGUCGACGAAUGUAAUGUGUGUAUUCGUUGAUAUAAAAUUUAAAUUGAAAUGAAAUUGCUCUGUUAAAAGGAAGAAAAGUAAAGAAAUAAUUUACAA